AUGGCUGGUGGUCGAGCAUGUACAUCUGGAAGUGGUGUUGGUAGUAGUGUUCGUUAUUGUUGUUCCGAUAAAGAUUAUUGUAAUCGAGCACUAAGUCGCACUGCUUCCAUGAUCAGUAUUAUUUUACUUAUAAUGGCAUGUUUAGCAGUAUUGAUGAGUUAUCAUGCUUUAACUGAUGAAUUACAAUUCGUUAAAAAUAUUGCUCAAUUUUAUAUUCAAGCUAGUAGCAAAGAAUAUGUACUUUCUGAUGUUAGCAGUUUUCAUGUAUUAAUAGCAACAGCCAUUCGACGUUUGACAAAAGAAUUGACUGAGAUAUAUUGA